GCGAUGUCCCAGCUGUAUUACCGCCGUACUGAUAACCCCUCAUAUCGAGACCGCAUCCCUCUGCGGAUUGUGCGGGCCGAGUCAGAACUGUCUCCCCUUGAGAAAGCCUACCUGAAUGCUGUAGAGAAGGGUGACUACGCCAGUGUGAAGCAAGCCCUGGAGGAGGCUGAGAUCUACUUCAAAAUAAACAUCAACUGCAUCGACCCACUUGGCCGCACAGCCCUGCUUAUUGCCAUCGAGAAUGAGAACCUGGAGAUCAUCGAACUCCUGCUCAGUUUUAAUGUAUACGUUGGUGAUGCGCUGCUCCAUGCCAUACGCAAAGAGGUGGUGGGAGCCGUGGAGCUACUGCUGAACCACAAGAAGCCCAGUGGGGGCAUGCAGGUGCCUCCGAUUUUGCUGGACAAACAGUUUUCUGACUUCACCCCUGAUAUAACGCCCAUUAUUUUGGCUGCUCACACCAACAAUUAUGAGAUCAUCAAACAUCUAGUGCAAAAGGGCGUUUCCGUGCCGCAGCCACACGAGGUGCGCUGCAACUGUGUGGAGUGUGUAUCUGGCUCAGAUGUGGAUAGCCUACGCCACUCACGUUCCCGUCUCAACAUAUACCGUGCACUGUCAAGCCCAUCACUGAUUGCCCUGUCCAGUGAGGACCCAUUCCUCACAGCUUUCCACCUCAGCUGGGAGCUGCAGGAGCUCAGUAAGGUGGAGAAUGAGUUCAAGGCUGAGUAUGAGGAGUUGUCGCACCAGUGCAAACAAUUUGCAAAAGACCUGCUGGACCAGACACGCAGCUCCCGAGAGCUGGAGCUCAUCCUCAAUUACAGAGAUGACAUCAAUCCACUGGAGGAUGAGGGCAACAACAAUGAUCUUGCCAGGCUUAAAUUGGCCAUCAAGUACAAUCAGAAGGAGUUUGUAGCACAGCCAAACUGUCAGCAGCUGCUAGCAUCCCGCUGGUAUGAUGAAUUUCCAGGAUGGAGGAGACGCCACUGGGCGGGAAAGCUCGUCACAUGCAUUUUCAUCGGCCUCCUGUUCCCUCUCUUCUCCAUCUUAUAUCUAAUAGUCCCCAAGAGUCACUAUGGCCUUUUUAUCCGGAAGCCCUUCAUCAAGUUCAUCUGCCACACUGCCUCUUACCUGACCUUCCUCUUCCUUCUUCUCCUGGCCUCCCAGCACGUUGUCACUACUAAUUCGGAUCAACAGGGUCCAGCUCCCACCACUGUGGAAUGGAUGAUACUGCCUUGGGUGCUCGGCUUUAUCUGGGCCGAGAUCAAACAGAUGUGGGAUGGAGGCUUUCAGGAUUAUGUCCAUGAUUGGUGGAACCUCAUGGAUUUUGUCAUGAAUUCUCUCUAUCUAGCCACUAUCUCUCUAAAGAUUGUAGCUUACACAAAGUACAAUGACUUCAAACCAAGGAAAGAUUGGGAGAUGUGGCACCCUACCCUAGUAGCAGAGGCACUAUUUGCCAUUGCCAACAUCUUCAGUUCUCUGCGCUUGAUCUCACUCUUCACAGCUAACUCCCACCUGGGUCCUCUGCAAAUCUCUCUGGGACGCAUGCUUUUGGACAUCCUUAAAUUCCUCUUCAUCUACUGCCUGGUGCUUCUGGCCUUCGCAAAUGGACUCAACCAGCUAUAUUUUUAUUAUGAGACUGAGGCUUCAAAUAAGACAGGGAACUGCAAGGGUAUUCGCUGUGUACAGCAGAAUAAUGCGUUCUCCACGUUAUUUGAAACCCUCCAGUCUUUGUUCUGGUCCAUAUUUGGUCUCAUCAGUCUGUACGUGACCAACGUUGACGCAGAGCACCAGUUCACAGAGUUUGUUGGAGCCACCAUGUUUGGAACCUAUAAUAUUAUUUCUCUGGUAGUGCUUCUCAACAUGCUAAUUGCCAUGAUGAAUAACUCCUAUCAACAUAUUGCUGAUCAUGCUGACAUUGAGUGGAAGUUUGCUCGAACUAAGCUGUGGAUGAGUUACUUUGAAGAAGGAGGCACGUUGCCUCCUCCAUUUAAUAUAAUACCCAGUCCUAAGUCUGCAUGGUACCUGAUCAGGUGGCUCAAGAAGCACCUCUGCAGAAGAACAAGAUCAGAGAGAACUGAGACCUUUGGGUCAAUUAGUAAAAGAGCUGCAAAGAAUGUCCACAUCAAUCACCAGUAUCAGGAGGUGCUGCGAAACUUGGUGAAGCGGUAUGUGGCUGCAAUGAUCAGAGAUGCCAAGACAGAAGAAGGCCUAACAGAGGAGAACUUCAAGGAGCUAAAACAGGACAUUUCUAGUUUCCGGUAUGAGGUGUUAGGAAUGAUGAAAGGAAAUAAACCAGGACUACAGACUCCCAAAGGAAGUACAGGGGCCUCAAACAUGGCCGAUUCUGACCAUCCUAUGAAGUGUUCAACAGCUCCUCAUGGAGAACAACUGAAGAGCAAGUUUAAACUUCUCAGCGUCACCGCUUCUAUUCUUCAACAAAAUUCCAAAACAAAUACAAAGUUUACAGAACACUGUCUUGCUAACGGGUCCAUCCCUACACCAUCUGAAAUUCCUUUGUGCAACAGGACAACAAGUGAUAUCUCUGGAUUGUAUCAUCAAAUCCAGCAUAAGGAGACAAACAAUCCUGGCAGUAUUUUUUCGGUGUGUGAAGAGGUUGGAGAGUCAGAUACAGAGGAACUAGUGGAGACUACCAUGAAUGACAAAACCUCUGAGUCACUGAUUAUGAAGGCCAAUGAAAACGAAAUUGAUGAAGGAAGUAAUGAGACAAAAGAAGUGCACACAGUGACAGAGGAAGGAAAGCGAUCUUCUGAUAUACCAUGCAUAUGCGAUGAUGUGAAUGAUGAGACCAGUGAAAAUGAUGAAGAAAUCAGCAGAUUAUAG